AUGACGCAGACCCCCAGUAUGCAUUUACUUGAGAACAACAACUUGGUCGAGGUUGUCAUGGCGCAGCAGCAACAGCAGUCCCAGCAGUCGUUGCAGAAGCAGAAGCAGACCAGCCCCACGAACAAUAAUACCAUCGAGCCUUGGCGGCCGAAUCAAUGGUGGAGUCCGCCCACCACUGGUGUUCACCAGGAGCAACCGAUAUCCCAGCCGCAGAGUUUGGUGUGUGGCCAGGUGCAGAGGCAAUCGGAGAUCGAUCAGCCGCUCGACUUCUCCGUUGGCUCCCUACAGCAGCAAAGGCUGCACUCGCGCGUGAGGACUAUGCACGAGAGGCUUCAGGUUAGGACGCACGACAACAACAACGGUACGGCGAGCGGCCAGAAAAUCACCAGGGGAGACGUGAGCAGGCGAAGUUACAGCCCCAGUGAAGCCAGCACCAGCAGCAGCGAAGAUGAGGGCGUCUCCACCGGCGGCAGUCCUUCGGGGCCUCUUCGGGGAGCCUCGGACUCGUGCGAACCCGUUGCGGAACGACCUUACGGUAAAGUCUGGAUAGGCGACAGUGAGGUCGCGUGGCGGACCGACCAGUCUUUCAAGAGGACAUCACCCUUAAAUCCCUGUGCCACAACGACUACCACGACGACGACAGGUGGUGGGCCACUGGCACAUCCCCACCUGUCGCCACCCAUAGCAGCCCCUGUUACCACCCCCGAUCACAGAAGCCCCAGUAGCAUGCAUGCGAAGCUUGGCAUCUCGCCCGGUGACGACGCACUCGGCCGAAUCGAUAAGGAGCCAGCCUCGCCGGAAUCCAUACAAGAUGCGGAUUUGCACGGCGAUGUCGAUGGUCCCGAGCUCAGCGGCGAUGACAGGAGUAUCGCAAGUGACAUCCAAGAUGCCACUGAGGAGCACCUCGAUAAUGACUCCAUGGGCUCGGACAGGGAGGCUCUUAACCUGGUCACGGAUGUAUCGCAUCGAAACAGCAGUAGCGGUACCAGUGGCAGCGCGUCCUCGCCGAGUUCCGGAGUCAGUAGCCAGCUGACCGGCAGUCACCAGCAACAACAACAGCAGCAUACGUCUAAUCAACAGAACAACAACAAUCCGCAGGCCACGUUGGCCGCGCAAUUAGUUAGUCAACAAUUGCUAAUGCAUGGUUCCCUCGGGGCAUUGGGACCGCAGGAGAUCCAAGCGCUCGCCUCGACGAUACAGCAGCAGCAGCAGUCGUUGCAGCAACAAUUGCAACAAUUUGCCAUGUUCCAGGCCAAUCCAGCUGCGGCGGGGCAGCUCCCGGCGCAGGCACAGUUCUUCCUGCAGAACCAGGGGCUGUUGCAGAGCGGUGGCUACCCAACAAGAUCGAGUCAUCCGCGCUCACAGUCCAUGCAGGCGGCCCAGCAGUUACAAGCGCUACAGAAGCAGCAGGCUCUUCAAAGUAGCGGCAGUUUGGUCGGGCGAAGCUUGGCGCAGCAAAGAACACCGCCACCGUCCGGUACCCCGCCGGCGGUGAAAGCUCCACCAACUAGAUUGGAUCCUUCUCCGGAUGAGACAACGGAUCUCGAAGAGCUGGAACAGUUCGCUAAAACGUUCAAACAGAGGCGGAUCAAGCUCGGUUUCACUCAGGGAGAUGUAGGACUCGCUAUGGGAAAACUCUACGGCAAUGAUUUUUCCCAAACUACCAUCUCCAGGUUUGAGGCGUUGAAUCUUUCUUUCAAGAACAUGUGCAAAUUGAAGCCACUGCUGCAAAAGUGGUUGGAGGACGCCGAUAAUUCCCUGAACAAUCCCAAUUCUCUGUCGAAUCCACUUACGACGCCGGAAGCGAUUGGCAGGCGGCGGAAGAAAAGGACGUCGAUAGAAACGAGCGUGAGAGUGGCGUUGGAAAAAUCCUUUAUCCAAAAUCCGAAGCCCACCUCCGAGGAAAUAACUAUACUGGCGGACAGCCUCGCGAUGGAGAAGGAGGUGGUUCGCGUUUGGUUCUGCAAUCGGAGGCAGAAGGAGAAGAGAAUCAAUCCUCCGACAGCAGCAAUGGGAAGUCCAACUCUGGCGUCGCCCGCGCCCUCAGUGUUCGCUUCUCUCGCUGGGUCCAUGUCCGGCUCACCUCUCGCCCUCACGACACAUUCUUCCGGUCACUCGCAUCCUCACCAGGCACCCUUGGGCUCGCCGUUGCCCUUGGCUCUGGUGGCUUCAGGUGGAAAUUACCAUCCAUUGGGCGGCAAGUCUCACGAGUGA